ACAACUAUUUCCAGAAAAUGAAAUCCAUAACAAAUGCCACUGUGGCUUGACAGCGCUUUGCUGUACCACCAAUAAAGCGGUUUGAAUUUGCAGCAAGACACACCUCCCACACACGCAUACACACACACUCGGAUACAAAGAAAACAAUAACUGAGGCGGUGUUUAUGUCACCAUCCUCUGCAAUUGUUGUCCAACUUAACAACAUGGAAAGGCUACUCACAAACAAUGACGGCAAUCAGAACUAUUCCAUUUUGUAUGCCAACGAUGAAUUUUCGAGCGUGGCUGCCUCACCAUCAUCUGCAUCCGCCCCCUCCGCCUCUACAAUUUACCUACCCACUGUGGGCGACACAUCCUCCAUCCACUGGCAAUGGGAUGCCCUGCCCUCGCCCAAGGCUCUGUUGUUGAACAGCGAAUGGCUGCAGCAAAAUAUGAGUCAAAUGUUGAAUAUUUCCGCCGACAACUUGACGAAUCUAAUAACGGCCAUACAGCGGGAGCACAUUGUGCCGGAACGUGCUCCCAUGCCCCUAUUGGCCACACUGACGGUCUGCUAUACGCUGAUCUUUAUUGCUGGAGUCCUAGGCAAUCUAAUAACGUGCAUUGUGAUAUCGCGCAACAAAAUUAUGCAUACGGCAACGAAUUUUUACCUUUUUAAUUUGGCUGUGUCAGAUUUGAUUCUGUUAUUAUCGGGUAUGCCUCAAGACUUAUAUAACCUUUGGUAUCCCUACUCAUAUCCCUUUGGUGAUGUUCUGUGUGUCAUGGAGGGAGUUCUCUCAGAGACAGCAGCCAAUGCCACCGUACUGACCAUCACUGCGUUCACAGUUGAACGCUACAUAGCCAUCUGCCAUCCAUUUCGACAACAUACCAUGUCGAAAUUAUCACGCGCUGUUAAAUUUAUAUUUGCCAUCUGGUUGACCGCCUUCGUCCUGGCAAUGCCACAGGCAAUGCAAUUUUCUGUAGUGGCCUCUUAUGGCGGCACCGAAUGCUCGAUAAACAACGAUUUUUUCGCCCAUGUGUUUGCUGUGUCGGGGUUUAUAUUUUUCGGUGGACCCAUGACUGCCAUCUGUGUGCUGUACGUUUUAAUAGGAGUUAAGCUUAAGCGCAGCCGUUUGCUGCAAACCGCUCCCCAGCGUUAUUAUGUUGUGAAUCGUGGCAUCAGUGCUCAAACCCGGGUGAUACGGAUGCUAAUCGCUGUGGCUGUUGCCUUCUUCCUGUGCUGGGCUCCAUUCCAUGCGCAACGACUGAUGGCGGUGUAUGGCUCAACAUCAGGCAUACAAUCGGAAAUAUUCAACAACAUCUUCCACAUACUGGACUACACUUCGGCAGUGUUGUAUUUCCUGUCGACCUGCAUUAACCCGCUGCUGUACAAUUUGAUGAGCCACAAGUUCCGAGAAGCAUUCAAGGUCACCCUGGCCCGCCAAUUCUUCUCGAGCGGCAAAAAUCAAGCCCAACACCACAACUACAGCGCUCUGCUGAGGCAUGGUAAUGGAUCACUGCGCCUGCAUCAUACCACGGUGAAUAAUAAUGCCCUUGAGCACUACAGCUCAUAUCGUGUUGUGCAAUUGCAAUUUCGUGACCCAAGCCAUCAUCUUUCUCUACAGGAUAGCAUAAGGACGACCACAACAACGACGACCAUUAACAGUGCGAGUGGAGGCAGUGGCAGCGGCGGAAGUGGAGGUGGCGCCGGCAUUGGAACAGGAGGGCGAGGAGGUAGCGAUAGUGCGACUUCUACCCUCAGGGGGGCCCAUCAUCAUGGUGGCGGCGGUAAUUCCCGGAAUUCCCAAUAUCGUGGUCGUUGUGUUUCCAUGGGCUCCCAGUCGACACUGGGUCCCAAUACCCCAGCCCAUCAUCGUAUGCUGCAGACACAAAUCUCCCAACUCUCGUCGGUGGGUGAUGCCAACUCACUGCUGGAAUGUGAUAUAGCCACUGGGGCGUCGGGCAACUGUCGCCUGAAGGGUAUACGACGCCAGAGAUCAAGGGGCAAUGAAGAUUGCCUGUCAAUAGACUCCUCGCAGGCGAAUGCGCCCUUGUGGCGGGACAGCAACAAGCGCAGUGUGUCCAUGCACGAAACCGAGUUGUACUCGAAGCCUGUGGGUCCUCAUAUAAUGGCUGCCACACUGGUGGCCACCCAGCCCAUACAACCCAUGAAUUCCAUAGCGGAGCUGAGUCUGGAUCGACCCACACGUUCGCGACUAAAACUAUCGCGCAUUAUUACCCGCCGCCAGGAUGAUGCCUUUGUGGUGCAAUCCAUACCCCGAGUGGAACUUAUGAAGCCACACUACAAAAUGGAACGCUCCUCGCGGACCCUCAAUUCGCUGGCGGAUAGAUUUAAAUGGCGCACCAAACGAAAACUCUCCAAAAAGAGAGCAGUCUCUAGUCCCACCAAAGACUCUUUCGAUGCAAUCGAAUCUCUGGGUCCAGGAGCAAAGACCCCCACAACGGCUCUUAUGAAGGUGGUCUACACCACCUCACCCAUAGCUGCAGCCGAUCUAGAUGGCAACGGAGUAGUAGGAGGACUUGGUAGUGUUGAACACCCAUGCCCACAUCAUUCGGACACAUCGCUGGGCUAUCGCUCACCUCAUGCCUUAUGAUGACAUGUCAAUGAUUUCUCUUUGCUGAGAGUGUCAGAGUGUCAUGGCCAGAUUGCAGGAACCACAAGAGCUGCAGGUGGUAUCGAUGUUAUCGUGACUUCUGCCUUCCCCCAUGACUUAGUGGCAGCUAACAAAGAAAAUGUUCACAAAGUGAAGAUAGAAGAAGAACUGGAAAUGAAUCAAUUUAGAUAAGACUGCAAAAAGAACACACAUUAAGUAAGAAAUGAAAUACCGUAGACAAAAAAAAAAAAAAACAAAAUAAAACAAGAAAAUAUCGAAACUAUAGAAACUAUGAAACAACAGGACACAUGGUACAUCUAACUAACUAAGUA